UGCUAACUCUCUUUGGGUUGAUACGCACCCAAUUCAGAUAUGGGCCCAAAUUACGCUCAUAUAAAUUGCACGACUCGGGAUUAGGGUUUUAGUCUGCUCGUCUUCACCCUGAAACUGUAAUACCCAUAAGUGGUUGUAUUAUUCACUCAGUGGUUGAAGAAACCUGUCAAGAUGCAGAACGAAGAGGGACAAAACAUGGAUCUCUACAUUCCCCGAAAAUGUUCGGCUACAAAUAGGUUGAUUACUUCCAAGGACCAUGCAUCAGUACAAAUCAACAUAGGACAUUUGGAUGAGAGGGGCAUUUACACUGGUGCAUCCUCUACUUUUGCUCUUUGUGGCUUCAUUCGUGCUCAGGGUGAUGCUGACAGUGCCUUGGAUCGCCUUUGGCAGAAGAAGAAAGUGGAAAUCAAGCAACAGUAGAAUGUUUUUUUAUUUUGUUUGAAGCUUUGAUUUGUCUCGAUUUGAAGAAUGCCAAAUCAUGGAUUAUUCAGAUUUCUUAUUAGCAGCAUCAAUGUGGACACAAUCUACCAUCAUUAUAUACUCUUUGAAGUUUGCUGAAUCCAUGCAAUUAUAUUCAGCUGAGUGAUUUUGUGGUUGCACUAGUGUCCUUAAUUGUAGAUGCCAAAUGAUUACUGGCCUUGAAGUA